AUGUUAAGUGGCCACCAUAGCCUAUGGACGCUUGCGAAACAAAAAAUAUCCUCCUCGUGGAGCCCUGGAACUUUAGCUACUGACAGAAACACAACACCACCAAAAGAAAAAUGCCAGCACUCUGACCACAGCCGCGUGACGCUGAGGAGGUCCGACCAGCGCCCUCUGGCACGCGCCCGCAAAAGGACCCUCAAGAUGACGAUCACCAUUGUCACCGUAUUCGCUUGCUGCUGGCUACCUUAUGCCACCAUGACUCUAUGGUACAUGUUGGAUCGACAGUCAGCGGAGCACGUAUCGGCCAAAGUGCAGGACUUGUUCUUCAUAAUGGCCGUCUCCAAUUCUUGCAUGGACCCCCUGGUGUACGGCUCGUAUACUCUAGAGCCUAGUACAUUUACUAGGACUCUGAGGAAGAUAUUCUGCAUACACACCAGACCCACAGUGAUACCAGGUACAGUAUUUUCACUAGAUACAAGUCUUAUGGGGGCUUGUACUUUGAAUAAGUAUCGUGCGUUCUCUUUCAGCGCGUAA